AAGUAAUAAUACGGUUAUUAGUUGUAAGAUAAGACGUGUAAGAUACAAUUUUUAUUUGAAUUUUAUUAUGUUAUUUUAUUUAGACAGUGGUAACAUUCGUUUUUAGGAGUCAAGUCGAAGUGUCACUGUCAUUCUCGUCUCAUUCGUCUUCUUGAACAAAAAUAUUGAACAUCCGAACUGAAUAAACUUAAACAGUGAAAUUGCUAAUAGCAAUUUGCUAUGUAGUGAAUGUACAUUCAUGAAUAAAGUAUUAUCUGAAGCAAAAACACUAAGUAAGAAAUUAAAAUGAAGGACUCAAGUUAUCAUUUUGUGAAUGUUGAGGAAAUAAUUGGUCAAGACAACAGUGGCUCUGAAAAUCAUAGUGAAAAUAAAGAUAGUCUGAAGCUAUCAACUUUGGAUCAGGAUUCUCGCUACCUAACUGAAAAUUCUGAGGACAUCACAAAACCUAAAUACUACCGGCUGGACCGAGUAGUGUUUGCUGAGUCUAUAAACCACGGGGAAACUACUGCAGAAGAACUAGGUGAACAGGAAGAUUUAGGAGAAAUAAAAUUUGUUGACAAUGUCAUAGUGAAGACUAGACCUGGCAAAAGAAAUAGAUAUUUUAUUGAUAUCAAAGAUGACUCUCUGGAGUGUCCUAUGUCAACCUGCUCCCAAACUUUCAACACCAAAACACUUCUUAAGGCCCACAUACGGAAAGUCCACUGCGCCACCACCAAAUAUGUGUGUGAAGAGUGUGGCGCGGGUUUUACUGCACCAUAUUUAUUGAAGAGGCACUCCGCUGUUCAUGGGAGUAAGGUGCAGUGUGGGAUUUGUGAGAAAUGGCUUAGUCGGCGGACUGAGUAAGUAUGAGUAAAAAAUAAUAGAAUUGGCUACUUGACA